CGUGGCGUCACGGCGUGACGUCGCCGGUGCCCAUGGCACAGCGUAGAGGACAGGGCCAAGGGGGGCGAUGGCCUCGUCGGUGGUGCGGGCCACGGUGCGGGCCGUCAGCAAGCGGAAGAUCCAGGCUACGCGCGCCGCCCUCACCCUGACACCAUCAGCUGUUCAGAAGAUCAAACAGCUUCUUAAAGAUAAACCUGAGCAUGUAGGUGUGAAAGUAGGUGUUCGUACAAGAGGAUGCAAUGGACUCUCUUACACCCUAGAAUAUACAAAAUCAAAAGGAGACUCUGAUGAAGAAGUAGUUCAAGAUGGUGUUAGAGUGUUUAUUGAGAAGAAGGCACAACUGACACUUCUAGGAACUGAAAUGGACUAUGUAGAAGACAAACUGUCCAGUGAAUUUGUCUUCAAUAAUCCAAACAUCAAAGGAACAUGUGGGUGUGGAGAAAGCUUUAACAUCUGAAAUCUGAAAUGUAAAAGGACUGUUAUUUUGAACCCCCCAAAACACUAUGAUGGGUUUUGGAAACAAAUGCAUUUUCUUCAGGUCCAUAGCCUGCUUAAACUGGGGAUAUCAUUAAGAAAAAUAAAGCUAGAAAUAAUUUUGAAAGUGAAAAUUAUGUGUUCAAUACUACCACUAGUGCAGUUACGCUGUAAUUUGUGAAGAGUUGAAGUCGAAAAGGUAAGAACAGUAAAGUGCUCUAGUAACAUCUCUGUACUUUCACAUGGUAAGGAAAUAAAAUCUCGCUGUACUUUUAGUUUGUCA